AAAAUGACGUCAUCCGAAUUCACAAAUCACGAAUAACAAAAUGCAACUGUGUUUACUAGUUUACCUCACCGCACUGUCGAGAUAAACUCAAAGGAAUGCCGAAUCACACCCUGCAAACUAACUUUACCGCGGUGGAGGACCGCCCAAAUAUCAAGCGAAUAUCCAAUAUAAAAUCACAUUUACCACGCGAAAAAUAGCACACCUCCUCACAGAACUCGUAAGCUUGCAUAUGCGUAGUAGCGGAAGUUACAUUGUGAAACUGAAGUGAAACUGAAUGUAGCCAGUGUUUAGAAGGACUCCAUUUUUGUAUGAAGAUUGAACUGCGUUUAUCAUGGCGUGGUUAAGUAUAUUCGCUUAAAUUUGUCUGUCAUAUAAAAAUGGUUCUUUAUGUAAGAUAAUCAGCAAGUAAAGGUUGAAAAUGAAGAUCAAAAGUCUCACUAUUAUAUUAAUCUUGCUCAAAUUUAUCAAUAACUCCGAUGAGCGGCUGGUGGUGACGGGUGCAGAUGAGCCUGUCUGUGCACAUGCUGGAGAGGAUGUGACUCUCAGCUGCUCUGUGGACACCCAUGUUAAUGUGACAGAGCUUCAGCUGAAAUGGAUAAAGACAGACGAUGACGGUGACAUCUUGGUGCUUCUGUACGAUGAUGGAGAGAACAGACCAGAGUCACAGGAUGAGAGAUACUCUAGAAGAGCUGAAUUCUACACUGAGGAAAUUCCCAAAGGAAACUUCUCAGUGAAACUGAGGAAAGUCAGGACUGAAGACAAAGGAGAGUUCAGGUGUGAAGUCCAUUCAGAUACUGAUUCUGCCAGUACAACUGCCAGGAUAGCAGCACUGGGUUAUUCAUCCCUGCAUUGGCUGAUUCUGGGGCUGUGCAUCACUGUCACACCUGCAGUCCUACUUACUGGUGCUUUAUCUGUCGGGCAUUAUAUAAGAAAAAGUAAAAGCAAACAGGCUCUGUUGAGUCACUGGUCACAUGUCACAGUUCCACCAAUCAUGGUUUCCUCAGCAUUCAUCCUGUGGGGUGUAACUGAAGGAUCCACAGAAGAAGCUGCUAUUUGUACUGUCAUCAGUCUGCUGAAUAUCUUGGUUUUGUUUAAUAUGAAUCCAUAUGGAUUAUAUCCAGGGCUACAAUUGAGAAUUAUAUAUCUGGCUCGGACAAUAGGAAGCACCAUCAUCAUCAUGGCUGUAUGCACAGCUCCUGUCAUUGAGUUUUUGAAAAGAUAUUCUACAACCACUGCUGGCAAAGUAACACUAGGAGUCUUUGUAGGUGCAUUUAUACUUAUGAUGAUCGUUAUGGCUUUUAUACAAUUUAUAUUCUUUCGGUAUAUCUAUUCUUUAUCCUGGAGAGAGACUCAAGGGAAAUUGAAGAAAACACAAUGGGCCAUAUCUGUAUUUCUAAUAAUCAUGGUUUUAGUCACAAUUGGUGUUGGUGUGUUUCUUGCAAAACAUUUCUCUGGAAGAGCAGAAACUAGAGAGUUUUUAACCAUCUUUUCAGUUUCGAUGAUUGCGCUUUUAAUUCCAUUUGUUGGGUUGGUAAUUUUACUAAUUCUUUACCUAAGGAGCCCUGCAGAAAUAAAAGAGAGAGUAUUUUUGAGAAUCUUUGGUUUGUUCCGCAGUUUAAACAUGAUGUUUAAUAUGCAGAUCCUUACUUUUUAUAUGCAGCUUAUUGCCUGGAUGCAAGUCACAUUUUUACUAGGAUAUUUCGUCCCAAUUGCCGUAGCUUCUUUGGGAAUGUGUGCAUGCUUUAUUGCUAAAAUAUUUCUACACUCAUUCAGACAUUUCUAUCUGGCUCAGAAAAUCCUUUUGGGGAUUUUCUUCAUUCUUCACCUAAUAUUCAGUUUCCUGUAUCUAAGUCUGAUUCUAGAAAAUGACAAAGGACGACCUGCGAAGAUGUGCGAGUUUCUGUUCAUCUACAUUCUGACUGUCACAAACAAUGUUCGCUCGUGUCGGACUGAGUACCUUGCCAAACCCCGUAAAUAUGUAUAUUUCUCUGGGGCUUUUGGUCUCCCUCUGGUGAAUUCAGUUGCCCUGGCUGUAGCAUUAAAAUUCAAAGCAGACACAGGAAAACCACCACUGGAUCUACGGCUGAUUGUCCUGAUUUCUGGGUCUGUCUUCCUCUUUAGCUGGCUUGUUAUACAGAUGUAUGCAAACUAUUUGGCAAGAAAAGUAAUAAUAAAAGAAGCAUUCACCCAGAUCAAAGAUCCUGAGCCAGACCAGCCCGAGCUGAUCCAAGAACGGCUGUUGCUCCUGCGACACACUGACGAGUGCCAGUGGGAGAAGCAGGCCUACCGGGCAUUGUGGCGGUGCACCAGACCCCACUGCCACACCAUGAGGAAGGUCCUGAAGCACAUGACCCACUGCCAGGCCGGCACAUCCUGUCAGGUGAAGCACUGCGCUUCCACCUGCCGGAUCAUCUCACACUCAGAGAACUGCACAGAGCAUGACUGUCCCAUUUGCCUGCCGCUGAAGAACGAGGGCUACAGAUGGCACUAUAAUGAGAUGGACGACUGGUCUGAUUCAUCUGAUUCCUGUGUGUCAAACGCAGAGGAGGGAUCACGUGACAAUGAGGAGACUGUUGCAUUGUCCCCCACUGAUCCCAAUGGACCGAACACAGAGGAGGUAAACAGAGGAACAAGAGCUCUGUAAUUCUCAGGGUUCCUGUCAUUUACUCCACUUUGGAUCCAAGGACACUGUUACCUGUCUGCUUUUGCAGUGUAUUUCAAAGCAAUAACGAUGUUGGAUUCUUAAAACAAGUCAGUAUGCAUGCUAGUUUGAGUAUUUCAUUGAUACUAUAAACAUUUGGGUGGUUAACAGUUUUGGAAUAUUUAAUCACAUUAAUACUAGCCCUGUAACCCAGUAGGUACAGUAAAUACCAUUUCAUGGUGACUCCAGUCCUUACAUCCUUCAGUCCAGCAUUGAAAUCUAAUCAGAGUUUGCAGUUUUUUGAUUGUCUACAGACUCAAGCUUCCACGUCUGUUGGAUAACCAAGCUGGACAGAUAAUUAGCCACCAGAUUAUCAGUGAUCUGUUACAGUUCACCUUAUUUGACUUGAAAGACUUUGUCACAUUAUUAUGUGAUUUCUGUAAGGUGAUUUGCAUAUUAGUGUCUGCUAACCAAGCAUAAAUUUAACAUAAACAUAAGCUUAUCUACAGGCAUAUUAAAGGCCAAUUUGGAAUUCAAACUCAUGCACUGGUAUAAGAACAUAAGAUCAGAACAUGUAACAUGAACAGUAAUAUAGUGGAAGGAGGCUCCAUAAAGAGAAAAAGCAUUAGAAGAUAAUUACCAGACCAUGAACAAACUGCCUUUGCAAACAAAGGUGGAAGCGACCUGCACUGCAUUGGUGUGAAGUGGGUAGGGAAGGUGUAACAUCACUGCCUGAACCGCCCGCAGUGGCCGCCCAUGGGGAAGGUGUAACAUUACUGCCUGAACCGCCCGCAGUGGCCGCCCACGGGGAAGGUGUAACAUUACUGCCUGAACUACCCACAGUAGCUGCCUGCUUGGUUCAAAGGCACCGGUCCUGAAGCUUGGUUAUUCAAGCUAAGAGCAGCUGUAACUAAACUGCUGGUAGCGAGCUUUGAUUUGGGAACCAAAAAUUGUUGCAUGUUGUUUAUGGUUGUGUGACUAAUUUAAGUGAAUUAUAGCACGUAAUCUAUCUAACCAAGUAACUUUAUUUAUACUGAGCGCUAACAGGGUUGCCAACUCACAUAUCUACACUGUAAGAAAUUGAUUGUAAAAUUUGCAGUAAAAUAUUGGCAAAAAAGUUGUCAAUAAAUACUGUAAAUUUACAGUAAUAUGAACAAUAUUGCAGUACAUUACUGUGACAGAAUAAAAGUAAUUUACGGUUUUACUGUUUUUCUGUUUACUAUAUUUUACUGUAAUUCUCAUUUACAGUAAUGCCCUGUAAAGUCAUGUUUUACAGUUAAGUACUGAAAUCUGUAUUUACAUUAACUUACUGUAAUUUCAUUAAUUGCAGUAAUUACCUGCCAACCGCAGGUGCCUACAAAGAACUGUAGAAAAUAUCCAGAGUAUUUUUCUGUAAAAAUACCGCAAUUUAAAA